AAGUAGAAUAAUAGGAAAUUUUUAUAAGUCUUAAAAUUAUUUAAAGAAUUCUCUGUGAACUAUUCUUUGGUUAAUUUAAAAAUAUUUAUGUCUCGCCAAGAAUCAUUAAUUUCAAUUAACCCUUCAUGUUCCAACAUUGGUUCGCUACUUUUCUACUCCAAUUCGGAUUAUUGAUGCUUCAUAGUGUUUUUAAAGUUUUUUUGGACUGAAAAAAUUCUGAUACACUUUUCCAACAUUCUCGAAUAUAAUUUCAAAUAUUCCAGACAACACAAAGUUGUCGAUUGGCUAAUUUAAUAUAAAAAUUUCCAAUUGAUAAUACAGUAGAAAAUAUCUAGUCAUCGGCUGAUGUAAGUGGAUGGAUCGCACCGUGCGUUGUCGAAACCCUCCCCUUUAUUUUAAGUGCAGAAAGUAUACAUAGUGCAGGUACAAAGAACGCUUUGCUUUGUUGUGCGAUACAUAACCUUAAAAUGCCCGCCACUUGACGUGCGUCCUUUCAAGGAAGUUGCAGUAUAAAGUACGAUAUAAUAUUAAAAAACGGUAAGGGAAUAAUUCUGUAAGGAAAUUCAACCGAUUCGGCAAAAUGUCGACAAGGAAAAAGAACGACGCGCAAGUGCCGGCCGAGGAAAGCGAUCUGCUCUCGAUUCGGCCUCUCGGCGCCGGCCAGGAAGUCGGCAGGUCGUGUAUCAUGUUGGAAUUUAAAGGGAAGAAAAUCAUGCUGGACUGCGGUAUCCAUCCCGGCCUUUCGGGAAUGGAUGCCCUCCCAUUCGUCGAUCUUGUUGAGGCCGAUGAGAUCGACUUGCUAUUGAUCUCGCAUUUUCACCUGGACCACUGUGGCGCGCUGCCCUGGUUCCUGCAAAAGACGAGUUUCAAAGGCCGCUGCUUCAUGACGCACGCUACCAAAGCGAUUUAUCGCUGGUUACUGUCUGACUACAUCAAGGUGAGCAACAUAGCUACCGAGCAGAUGUUGUACACGGAGUCCGAUCUAGAGACCAGUAUGGACAAGAUAGAGACGAUCAACUUCCACGAGGAAAAGGACGUGUUCGGGAUCAAGUUUUGGGCGUAUAAUGCUGGCCACGUGUUGGGCGCUGCGAUGUUCAUGAUAGAGAUCGCCGGCGUGAAGAUUCUGUACACGGGAGACUUCAGCCGGCAGGAGGACAGGCAUUUGAUGGCCGCUGAGAUCCCAAAUAUCCAUCCUGACGUGCUGAUCACGGAAUCCACAUAUGGCACACAUAUCCAUGAGAAGAGAGAGGAUCGUGAGGGCAGAUUUACGAAUCUUGUGCAUGAGAUUGUCAAUAGAGGUGGCAGAUGCCUGAUUCCUGUAUUCGCCCUGGGAAGAGCACAAGAGCUUCUCCUCAUUCUAGAUGAGUAUUGGAGCCAGCACUCGGAAUUGCACGAAAUUCCGAUUUAUUACGCUUCCUCCUUGGCAAAAAAGUGCAUGGCUGUUUAUCAAACAUAUGUGAAUGCUAUGAACGACAAGAUCCGACGACAAAUAGCCAUCAACAAUCCAUUUGUAUUCAAGCAUAUCUCCAAUUUGAAAGGGAUUGAUCAUUUCGAGGACAUUGGACCGUGUGUAGUAAUGGCCUCGCCUGGUAUGAUGCAGAGUGGCUUGUCCAGAGAAUUAUUUGAAUCUUGGUGCACAGACGCGAAAAAUGGAGUGAUAAUAGCCGGUUAUUGCGUGGAGGGUACACUAGCCAAGACCAUUCUGUCGGAGCCAGAGGAGAUUACAACUAUGUCUGGUCAAAAGCUGCCGCUGAAAAUGUCCGUCGACUAUAUAUCAUUUUCAGCACACACCGAUUAUCAACAAACGUCGGAAUUCAUACGUACUCUGAAACCACCGCAUGUGGUGCUGGUGCACGGCGAACAGAACGAGAUGGGUCGGUUGAAGGCGGCGUUACAGCGGGAAUACGAGGACGAUCCCAGCACCACCAUGGAGAUACACAAUCCGCGGAACACGGUCGCGGUCGAACUCUACUUUCGGGGCGAGAAGACAGCCAAGGUAAUGGGCACACUGGCGAUGGAGACCCCCAGACCGGGGCAGAAGUUGUCCGGCGUGCUGGUCAAGAGGAACUUCAAUUAUCACAUGCUGGCACCGUGUGACCUGUCUAAGUAUACGGACAUGAGCAUGAGCCAGGUCAUACAGCGGCAGAGCGUGUACUUCUCCGCGUCUCUACCCGUGCUGAAGCAUCUGCUGACGCAGAUAGCCGGCAGCCUCGAGGUCGUGGAUGAUAAGAAGCUGAGAGUGUUCAAGAACGUCGACGUUACGAUCGACGGCAAGAUCGUCACAAUGGAGUGGGUAGCAACGCCGGUGAACGAUAUGUAUGCGGAUUCCGUUCUCACCGCAAUCCUACAGGCUGAAAUAAUGGAGCAGUCACCGAAGGUUUUGCCUGCGCCCACCAAGAUGGAUAGAAUGCACUUCAAAGAAUGCCUUAUUGAAAUGCUGCAGGAGAUGUUCGGCGAGGAUUCUGUGCCCAAGAUAUUCAAGGGCGAGAAACUCUAUGUCACAGUAGACGGUAAAAAGGCGCAUAUAGACUUGCUGAACUUGGAGGUUACGAGCAAGGAAGACGAAACCUUUCAGCAGAUAGUGCAAACGGCGGUGACAAAGUUGCAUCAAUCGUUGGCGCCGCCUUGCGAUGUAAUAUAGCGUACAUAGAUAUUUUCAUACAGUCAUUAUAAUAAAUAUUUUAUACUGUUAAUAAUAUAUUUAUUCUUUGAAAACAA